AUGGUAGUGGAUGUGGAUCCAACGGUGGUUGAUGUGGUUGCUGCAACAGUAGCCAUUUCUGAAACAAGAACAGAAAUUCAGCGGCUCCAAGCGGCUCGCAGCGAUGCGAGCGUGCGAAGUUUUGUACUCCCUAAGUUAUACGAUUUGAUCACGAUUGGUGCUAAACGGUUCAGAUGUCCCGAAGUUCUAUUCCAGCCAUCUAUGAUCGGAAUGGAAGCUGCUGGUAUUCAUGAAACGACAUAUAAUUCUAUAAUGAAGUGUGACGUGGAUAUUAGGAAGGAUUUAUAUGGAAACAUUGUGCUUAGUGGAGGUACAACUAUGCUCCCGGGCCUUGCUGAUAGAAUGAGCAAGGAAAUUACCGCUUUAGCCCCGAGCAGCAUGAAGAUUAAGGUCGUGGCGCCACCUGAAAGGAAAUAUAGUGUCUGGAUCGGAGGGUCGAUUUUGGCAUCACUUAGCACUUUCCAGCAGAUGUGGAUCGGGAAGGCGGAAUACAAUGAAUCUGGACCGUCAACUGAGGAAAUGUUUCUAAUCAUGGGAAAAGAAGUAAAAAACAAGAAUGGGUACUUCAAUGCAUGGUGGUCGCAAGUGAUGUAUUAUAUUCUUUGUAACAUAAAUGAAAAGGGUAUUGAAAAGAAGCAUUGA